AUGGCUGGGCGUGGGACCAGUGAAUCUUCAAUUCAAACUCAAACGCUUCAUUCUCUGUACGCAGCACUCGACCCCAAGUCCUUAAUUCUCUCACAAUUUUCAAAUUCUGAUCAACCCCAGUUCCUUCAACUCACUACUGAUUGUUUACUGAUGGAAAGAGGUCCUCGUUACAAAGCGUAUGCUGAUCUUAGAGAGAAAAAACUGCGAAUAAAGCACAUGAAACAAUCGAUCCCCGAAGAAGAGGAGGAGGAAAUGGAUUACCAAGCGGAGUUUGUUGUUACUCCUCCGAAGAAACAGGUGAAAUUUCAAGGGAGUUUUGUAACACCACCAAAGAGGACAAAAGGAUCAUCGAUUUUGGCUCAAUCAGUCCCUGAUUUUUCAUCGGCAUUGAGGAAGGAGAAUCGAAAGCCGCCACCUACUAUGCUGCCGACUUUGAAGGAGAAGUCAGCUACUCCGCCUCCGUCUGGUGUAAAAAGUGGCAAGUCUUAUGGGGUUGUUGGGAGUAUUGGAGGUAGCAAAUCGGUCAAUUCAGCGGAGAAGAGGAUUGGGGGUUUGAUGACUAGGAAGAGUUAUGCUAAUGUGGAGGAAUUGAAGGGAUUGACGUCUGUUGCAAGGAGUGCCAUUAAUGGUGAUAACAGAGUAGGAAGAACUAACAGAGUUGCUGGCAGGACUCUUCUUGGUUACAGACAAUUAUGA